CAUUCAACUGCUGUUUCUUCCCUUAGUCCCCACCUCCAUCUCGUUCAGGAUGAGAACAGCAGAAAAUGGGAACUUCUGCUAUUUUGCCCUGGCUUAUUCUUCCCUGAAACAAUGGCUCAGAGAGCCUGUAACCUGCUUGAAUGGAGAUGAUGCAGAAGAACGUGAGGAAGAAGAGAGUGGCAGUGAUGGGAGCUGGGAUCGGGGGUGUGGGGGCCAUUAAAUGCUGCUUGGAUGAAGGGCCAGAACCCACCUGCUUUGAGCCCACCUGUGACGACACUGGGGGACUCUGGAGAUUCCAAGAGAAGUCAGAGGAAGGACAGCCCAGCAUCUACAGAUCUGUGAACAUCAACACUUCCAGGGAAAUGCCCUGCUUCAGUGACUUCUCCAUUCUGAUCAUUUUCCAAAUU